GAUACGGCGGAAAUAACGUCAUACAGUCGUGCCGUGUUUACCAACGGCGGCUAAACGGUGUUCGGAGAGAUACAAAUAUAAAUCUGCUCAAAACAACGAGGAGAUUUCCAAUAACUGCAGAUGGCGGAUCCUGCGGUGGCGUCGGGAGGCCCUCUGAAUGCGGGAGCGCGAGGAAGUGCUGGUAAAGCAACUUCUAGCCCUGCAGAAAACUACCUCCUGGCACGCCGUCGCACUCUGCAGGUCGUUGUCAGCGCCCUGUUGACUGAGAGUGGCUUCGAGAGUGCGGAGAAGGCAGCUGUGGAAACCCUAACUGAGAUGUUGCAGAGCUAUAUUACUGAAAUAGGUCGAUGUGCCAAAGCAUACUGUGAACACACAGCCAGGAGCGUCCCGACACUGUCAGACACAGUGGUCACGCUUAUUGAAAUGGGUUUCAAUGUUGAUACUUUGCCCAUAUAUGCUAAAAGAUCACAAAGGAUGGUCAUAACUGCCCCUCCAGUGACAAAUGCUCCUGUGACUCCCAAAGCGCUGUCAGCUGGACAGAAGCGCACACAUCCAGCCCACAUCCCCAGCCACUUCCCAGAAUUCCCCGACCCUCACACGUAUAUCAAAACACCUACUUUCAGAGAACCCGUGUCAGACUACCAAGUGGUGAGAGAGAAAGCAGCAACUCAGAGGAGAGACGUGGAACGAGCACUUACACGCUUCAUUGCCAAGACUGGAGAAACUCAAAGCCUAUUCAAAGAUGACAUCACUACCUUCCCAUUAAUUGCAGCGCAGCCGAGCACCAUCCCAUAUCUCAGUGCCCUCCUGCCCUCAGAGCUGGAACUGCAGGCUCUGGAGGAGACGGACUCCUCUGAGCAGGAUGACCAGACUGAUGGCGAGAACACAGCAGGAAACGCCAUUACUGAUGAUCCAGGAGCUGACAAAGAGAAUUCCAUGCUUCCUCCCAGCGGCGUAGUUCCAUCCACCAAGGCUAGUGAGGACAAUGUAAUCGACAAUCCGUACCUCCGGCCGGUCAAGAAACCCAAAGUAAGGAGGAAGAAAUGAGAAGGGACGAAACUUAAAGAAACAGACUCAUAUCUGCUCCAGUCUUUGGUGCUUACAACAGUCCAGUCAGUGAUUCCCUGCACAGGGGAAGUGGCCCGGGGUUGAAACCUGCUGCGUGAGCUGAGACCAGCGACUGCUUUGCCUCAGCAGCGGGACCAGUACUGCAGACUGACUUCCACAGAAGAUGGCUUUUUUUUGUUGUUGUGUUAAGUGUCACCUUUUCAGCUGUUUAAAAAUCUGUCCUACAUUAUUUUGUAAGCAACAUCUUUAUGUAACAUACAGGUCACAUAGGAAUUCUGUCAUUUUGUAAUUAAAGGAAAUUAAGUUUCUUUUAAAAAAGAAAAAAAAA